AUGCCCCUUUCUCUCCCCAGGAAGGUGAUCACGCUGGACAAGGAGGCAGAGGAGACGUUUGGGUUUGAGAUCCAGACCUAUGGACUCCACCACCAAGACAAGAAGAGCGUGGAAAUGUUCACCUUUGUCUGCCGGGUCCACGAGGGGAGCCCAGCCCAGUUAGCGGGGCUCACACCCGGAGACACCAUCACCGCAGUGAACGGGCUGAACGUGGAGGGCAUCCGGCACCGUGAGAUCGUGGAAAUCAUCAAGGCCUCUGGGAACGUGCUCAGGCUGGAGACACUGUACGGGACGUCCAUCCGGAGAGCGGAGCUGGAGGCCCGGCUGCAGUACCUAAAGCAAACCCUGUACGAGAAGUGGGGGGAGUACCGCUCGCUGAUGGUCCAGGAACAGAGGCUGGUGCGUGGGAUCGUGGUGAAAGACCCCAGCAUCUACGACACGCUGGAAUCCGUCCGCUCCUGCCUGUACGGCGCUGGGCUCACGAGCGGCUCCCUCUCCUUCGGGAAGAUGCUGUCGGGCGCGGGCAGUACAUCCAGCUGCGUCAGCACCGCCACCGAGGAGAGCGAGGACUCUGUCUACCAGACCUGCUUCUUUGACUCGGCCGAUUCCCUGGACGGGCACUCGGGGCGGGACGGGGGCAGUGCCCCUCCAGCCCUCUCCCAGCACCGGCCCGCCCUGACCCGCAGUGCCAGCGUCAAAUGCACCAGCAGCAGCAACGGGGCCGUGGGCCACUUCUGGGACAGGCCAGGUGACCAAAAGAGCUGCACGGUCACGCCCCGCAAGAGCAAACACACCAGCUUCCGGAAAAGGCUCCUAAAGUUCAUCCCGGGACUGAACCGCUCUCUGGAAGAGGAGGAGAGCCACCUGUAG